ACUGCUACGCGCUGUCCCCAAGUGCGGGGUAAGGGAUCCCGCGAACCCCUGUGUCGCUACUCCCGAACAGUCAUUCCCCCGGACAAGAACAAAGCUAAAAGAAAAUGGAGUUGAUAGGCUCCGAUGAACUUCUGGACAUUUUUGAGCCUUUUCUACCGUCCUCGGAACAGUACGUUAUUCUCAAUGCGGCGCAAAGAGUUCUAGAAGACUGUUUCUAUGAAUUUGCAUCAGUACACAUACCAUCACUUCUACGUCACCGAGGUUGGCAGUGUUCGGUUGCUGUCGAACUGACAGAAUGGACACGAAUAUUUCAGAAACUGGCAUCUACCCUGCCAAGAGAAUCAAGGUCAUGUUUGCAGACAAUCUUGAGAGACCUAUCAGAUCUGCGGAACAUAGCAGUACAUCGGCGCCCGAUCACCAGAAGUCGCGCCGACCAGCUGCUGCGCUCAGUAAUGCUGAUGGCUCAACUACUUCAAAAUCAACUGGGGAACCAAAGUGAUUGGGGGACGACUAAGGUGCAGGAUUUCCGAAGGAAGCUCUUAGAGUUAGGGCAUGAAACAAAAUUCGGCCUCACUGCCACGUCGCAACCACUGGCAAGCGAAGCGCACAGUACACCAAAGAACAACACCAGAGUUGAGGGUUGGGAACACCCGGCUGACAAGUUUGGGAAUAGCUUUUCAUUCGAUGUUACUUUGUUCAUGGAGGCGGUUCGAGACAGCGCAAGCAGACCAGAAGUCUUUUUUUUUGGGGAGGAAAUUGAGGAGGGCAAGCUCAUCAUCAUCAAACAUGUGGGCUCCUAUUCAAGGUACUCUACUUGGUCACCAGAAGAAUUGGAAUUAAGGCAUAGACUUCAUCAUCUAGGACAGUAGUUCCCCAACGACAAGUGUAAAAGAUUAAAUAACACCUCUUGGAAGAUGUCAGGCAACAACUCAGGAGGAAGCAGCUGACAAAUGCCUUGCGAGCAGCUCUUCCACGUGUCUAUCCAUAACGGUAUUGAAAUAGGAACAGAGAACUCGAGCCACGGACGCUUCACAAAAUAGGGUAUAAGGUACUCACCUAAGUUCAUGGACAAAGAUUACUGCUAGUACACUCACCUUAGCACUGACUUCGUCACCCAAUAGGAACACUGGGCGGGCUCGCCCAUGUCUUGCAUAAGCG